UUAAAGGGAAAAACUGCUCACAGUGAUCCCGUUUCAGGCGGCUCUCCUCCGACCGAUACCCACUCUCUCCAGUUUCCAUUGAUCCCUCCCUCUGACAUUUAAGUUUCAGCCCUAACUAUACGCUUCGGCCUUGUCUCCAUCGGUCCCUCUCGAUUUUCAGUCACAAGUCAUGGCUUUGCGUUCAGUGACUAGAAGGAUUGGAAGUAAAAUUUUUCCAAUGUUUUCUUCUGCCAAUCAUUUACAUUCACAUGCUACAAGUUUUGGAUUCAAAGAAGUGCCUGAAGAGGAAAAAAGCCGACUAGUUGGUAAUGUCUUUAGCAAUGUUGCUUCGAAUUAUGAUGUGAUGAACGAUUUGAUGAGUGCUGGAUUGCAUAGAUUGUGGAAAGACAGGUGCGACUUCUUUAACUCGAAUUUCAUUCUCUCACCCACAGGACAUAUUUUCUUCUUUUCCUCAAGGCGUGACAGUGAUGUUGCUUUCAGGAUUCUAGAAAGUAUUAAUAAUGUGAAACGUAGAGAAAGGCAAGAUGUUCGGGAAGAUGAUUCUCAGGAACAAACUCAAAUAUAUGUUUGUGACAUCAACCCACAUAUGUUAAACAUUGGUAAAAAGAGAGCCAUUGAAAUGGGUCUGGGAGAAGAAAGAUCUCUUAUAUGGGAGGAAGGAGAUGCCGAAGCUUUGAGUUUUCAAGAUAAUUCAAUGGAUGGUUACACCAUUGCAUUUGGAAUUAGGAACGUUACUCACAUUGAAAAAGUUCUAGAUGAGGCCUAUAGGGUUCUAAGACGAGGAGGAAGAUUUCUUUGCCUUGAGCUCAGCCAUGUUGAAGCUCCCGUAUUUAAGGAAUUGUAUGACUAUUAUUCGUUUUCUAUCAUUCCAGCCGUUGGAGAGCUAGUUGCUGGCGACCGGGAAUCCUAUCAAUACUUGGUUGAAAGCAUCCGUCGAUUCCCCCCACAGGAGAAAUUUGCUUCCAUGAUCGUCGAUGCAGGCUUCGAGAAGGUCGAGUACGAAAAUUUAGUCGGAGGAGUGGUUGCUAUCCAUUCAGGCUUGAAACUCUAGAACCAGCUUUUGCAUCCACAUGUAACUUCUUCACUUUAGCUAUUUCUUAAUUCAUGAUAAAAAUGUAACUUAU